UUAUUAACAGCAAGCAGCUCACAUUCUCUUGCACACACAAACACAGGUGUACACACCCACUCACGUAGACCAGCGGACUCUGUUUUCACAUAUACACAGGGCAGCAGGACGAUGGCUGGGACUCAGCUGCUGAGACACAGCACAGGCAGAACAGAGUAGAGUCAGAAUAACAAGGGAUUUAACUGAUGGACGGAGACGCAGAGGGAAGUUUCUCUGCGGUCACAAUGGAGGUGUGGAGCUCCUCUGCCUCUGAGGAGGAGGAAGAGGACAAGAGCACGUCCAGUCUUGUGGAUGAAGUAGUGCACGAGAAGAUUUGCCUGAACAGCAACAACAAUAACAAUAAUAACAACAACAAAGACGGUCUUUGCAGGGAGGUGUCACAAGUGCUGUGCUCAGACAGAGUGGGCCAGGUCACCAAGACGUAUCAUGACAUUAAGGCGGUCACCCACCUGCUGGAGGAGAAAGAGCGGGAUCUGGAGUUAGCGGCACGUAUCGGUCAGUCUCUCCUGAAGCAAAACCAAGAACUAACGACACGCAAUGAAAUACUGGAUGAACAGCUUGAAAUUGCAAAGGAGGAGAUUGCACAACUCCGUCACGAGCUCUCGAUGCGGGACGACCUCCUUCAAUUCUACGCGAGCACUGAAGAGACUGAGAACGCGGAGUCGCUCUCACCGAUUAAAAGGAAUGAAUCGUGCAGUUCUCUCACCAACUUUGUCCACUACGACUUCCUGCAGCAGAAAGUGAAAGUUUUAGAAGAGGAUAACCGGAAACUAAGAUUAGAGGCUCAUGAGCUCACUACAGAGACGACCAACUACGAGGAGCAAGAGCAGGAGCUGAUGAUGGUGUGCGUGGAGGAGCUCUCAUCUGUCAACAAGCAGGUGGUUGACCUCUCAGAUGAGCUGGCACGGAAAGUAGAGGACACUCUCAGACAGCAGGAGGAGAUCAGCUCCCUGCUCGCUCAGAUUGUGGACCUGCAAGCCCGCUGCAAAGGGCUCACCCAUGAGAACGAGGGCCUGAACCAGCAGCUGAGUGCCUCCCGUGAGAGUCAGAGCAAACUUAAAUCAGAGCUCAAGGACCUGCAGGACAAGUACUCUGAGUGUGGCGACAUGCUCCACGAGGCCCGAGAGGACAUUAAAAACCUGCGGAACAAGAGCGUGCCCAACAGCACGGUGCAGCGCUACACCGCACUGGCCUCUGUCCUGCCAAUGGACUCACUGGCAGCCGAGAUAGAGGGCACCUUCCGCAAAGGCCUGGACACCCCGGCUCCGUCAGAAUACAAGAACCACCCGUGGCGUGUGUUUGAAACAGUGAAGGUGGUGAACAAGGUGGGGAAGCUGCGGUCUCUGUGCCAGUCUCCGGCCCUCCCAGGCUCCAGCCCGGUUUCGGCUCGCUCCAGUCAUACCAGCACCCCCCGAACAAGCUACUAUGGCUCUGAUAAUGCCAGCUUCACCCUGGAGGAGAAGCCCAGCUCCACUCCAGCUCAGAAAGAGGACAACAGUGUUGUUGGGCCAAAGCGUCUGGGCCAGCCGGGCACCCCAGGGGGCCAGGACCUGGAAGCUGCUCUGCGCAGCCUGUCGGCCCGCCAACAGAGUCACUCCUCCGAGCGGCCUUUCUUCGAAGUGGAGCGUGAGCGUAAACUCCGUGCCUUGGAAGCAAACUGCGAGGACGGCGAGGUCUCCAGUGGCUUUCUGACGCCAAACAGCCUGGGGUCCAGCCCGGCAACAUCGACAGGCACCAACUACUCCAACGGCAGCUCACGGCCCUCCUGUGGCUCCUCGGCAGGAUCCAGGUCUUACCUGCCAGACCGCCUGCAGAUCGUCAAACCUCUGGAAGGCUCUGUGACUCUGCAUCAGUGGCAGCAGCUGGCCAAACCAAACCUGGGCGGCAUUCUGCAUCCGCGUCCCGGCGUCCUGACCAAAGACUUCAGGGAGCUCGAGGUGGAUAUACAGCACGUCUACAGCCUGAACGACCUGGAGGAGGAUGAACCCGACCUGUCGCAGCUCUCUGGAGCACACGCCAUGGCCUCUCCACCUGGUCCCAACCUCCCUCAGACCUCUCCCACACAUACCAUUACCACCCGCCAAGUCCUCCAACCCUCCCUUCUCAUCCCCUCCUUGUCUGCUAGCCUUCACUCUUUCGGCCUGCCACCUUGUCGGAACUCUGAGCACGUGAGCACUUCAUCUCCUGACCUCCAGCAGCACUUUGGCCUACGAGGCCGGAGCAGCACUGCCCCCCCCGGCACCAUUGCACACAUAACCACCUCAUCACCGGGACUCCUGCAGCUGCUUCAAGAGCGCGGCAUCUCAGCCGCUCCUUAUCCCCACCACCUCCUGCACUACAGCUACAAUACAGAACCUCCAUUCACAGCAAAAGACAAGGGUGGAGGCUCGUCACCGGACAAGGAAGCAGGAAGGACAUUUUUCAGCUUGAACCUCGUGGGAAAGCUUCAGAGGCUGGGGCUGCAUAGGGUGGCAGCCUGGGGGACGAUGGGCCGCAGUAACAAGGAGAGAGAAGCAGCGAGGCCUCCACUGAACGUCUAACCCUCCACCACUCACUCCUCUUUCAUUCACCACAGUGGCUUUGAGUGGAGCCAUGUGACACUGCUCUGGUGUCUCCAACACAAAAGACGCAGAAUGCGCUGGAGCCAUACUUUGAGUUGUCCGUUGUGUAUAGCACUGUUCUUUUGUAUGAAGUCAUGUAUAGUAGAUAAACUUGUAUGUGUGUGUGUGUGUUUGUGUGUGUGUGUAACAUCUUCAUCUCAGGACAAUUUCGAUCACCUGAACAGUCCGUCUGACUGACGCUUUUUCUCUUUACACAGAAAAAAAACCUUUUUAAAUUGUGUUUUGUGAAUGUCAUUUUACAGUUUCCUGCCACCGUUUAAAAAAAAGUCACCAUCUUUUUUGUGUUUGUUUCUGAAGUGAAAAAAGUCAAUUGUAAGUAUAAAUAACAACGAGAGAGUAGAUCAUUAAUUGCACGUUUUUUUGUAAAUAGUUAAAACCACAAAUCAAGCCAAUUCUGGCCCUGAAGAUCUUUCAAAUGCACUAAAUUACACUUUGGUCUUCCUGUUCAUUAGCUGCUACUCUGAAGAAACCAUGUUGUAUAUAUGAUUGUCAAAUGGCAAUAAAUGAAUCCAGAAGCACUGCGAUGACUUUGCUCCACGCUGGGGGGGCCGGCGGCGAUGACACUGACUGAACUGAAUGUCGAUCAAUGUCGGAUCAACUUCUGCCCCGCAGUUCCUCGCCUGCUUUCACACAGCACAUGUCAUCAAAGUCUUAACUCUGGACGUAACGUGUAUCCUGAGCCAAACCUCAGCAAAAAAUAAAUGAAAACAAGCAAAUCAGGUCUGCCAAUGCUGCAGUAAAAACAGCCAGUGAGAGUUUUAGAAGCAAUAUGUGUUUUGACUGAUUGUAUUGACUGAAAAAUCCUGCUUGUACAAAGCCACUGUGUGUGAUGUCAUCAGGAACUUUUGAAACUGCUGGGAUGUAAAUGAAAUCCAAAAUCCUGCGGGGCGUUCAACGUGAAUGCUCCGCGGUGUUCAGGGAAAUAUUCUCUAACAUUAAUACCAGUAGAAUAAAGUUGUUAAUAAUAAUAAUGUAAACAGCAUGGUUCUUCAAUGACCUGCAGGUAAAAGGCAUAGGAUACAUGUGGAUGCAAAAGGGAAUGAAUCAAACACGGGUUUUUAUAAUUUGUGUUCAUCAACCAAACCACUGUUUCUCUGCUGUAUAGUCUCUGUUGUUAGCAUCACAUAUGUGUAUCUAAACUGAACCACAUGUGAAUAAAACUGCAUUUUCAUCAAGUACA